GGAAUGGACUGUGCAACAUCCGGUCCGGAGUGGUAACUCAAGAUGCCCAUGUCCCAAGGACUCAGGUGGUCGGGUCGACACAUCAGCAAUGGUAACUGGAGGUUGACAGGAGUUGGAGCACGAGACGUGCGGCAUUUCUCCCAUCACACCUCGAGAGCGUCUCUCACUCGUGCCAGAGCGACCUGGAGCAACAACAAUGCCAGGCUCGUUCUGUCGCAGCAGUCCCGGUCAAUAUCCUUAUUUGGCUGGGGUUCUGAUAAACCUUCAGCAACCGAAGCCGUAUCACCUCCAGAGACCCUCCAGAGCACGAUUGAACCUCCCCAGACCUUCCUUGAGCCCACACGUACCGUGAAAGCUUCGCAUGCUACCGCAGAAGCUCCCGAUCCUACCUUCACGCAUCCUCAUCCUGUCAGCAGUGUCGAGCCACAAGCACUGGCCGAUCUGGAAAAUGCAAUACUUAAACCUCAUGGCACACCACCAUCACCGGAGUUGGCAACGGAUGUCGCUUCGGUCCCAGAGGGUAUUGGAUAUCUCAAAGAUGUCUGUGGUCUUGACUUUGGCUGGGGACCGACCGCUAUAAUGGAGUACUUUUAUGAGCAUCUGCACGUUACGGCCGGACUGUCUUGGUCAUCAUCCAUCAUUGCUCUUGCCGUUCUUACUCGUAUCUUCCUCUUUCCCGCAGCUGUGGGCGCCGCAGAGCAGGGUGCAAGGAUGAAGUUGAUGCAGCCUGUACUACAACCACUGCGUGCAAAGGUUGCAGAAGCUCUUCGCGAAAACAAUCGGCAGGUGGCUAUCGAAACCCAACAACAGAUCAGGGAAUUGAGCAAAGGAUCGGGUGUCUCCCUCUCAAAAGCUUUCCUUCCGAUCAUCAUACAGAUUCCACUACAAUUUGGCGCAUUCCGUCUACUACGAGACUGCGGAACGUUACCGGUUCCAGCAUUUGAAACCGAACAAUGGCUCUGGGUGCAAAAUCUCAGUGUUGGCGACUCGACCUAUCUACUACCUCUGGGGGCUGCAGCAAUGACAUACUUCAACAUCUCAGCCUCUGCCAAAGGAAACUCAGCCGCACCUCCCGCCAUGCAGAUGCUGAGACUCAUCCUGCCACCUAUCUCGUUUGUCUUUCUGUUAUUCCAGCCAGGAGCGACUCAACUAUACUUCUUUGUCAAUGGUAUCCUUUCACAGUUACAGAUAACAACUAUUCAAAACCCCUGGUUCCGAAAAUGGAGGAACAUGACACCGAUAGCUCCUUCGACUCCAGGCUCGGGUCCAGCACCCAAGUCGACCAAAUUCUCCAAAAUGAAUAUUAUUGAGCAGCCAGUGGUCCAGAAGACGGUGGCCUCAAAAUCGGUGAUCGCCACGCCAGAAUCGGUGUCGUCAUCUGAUCGCAGCAUCAUUGACAAAGGAGUCGAAGUCAUGAAAGCUCAAGGAUCCAAGGUCUGGAAGAGCGCGACCAGUGGUGUCAGUAACACUUGGAAAACCGAGACCGAGAAGAGAGUGGAGAAGGCUAAGAUUGAGAAAAAACAAACAUCAGCAGCCAAAUACGAGGCGCAACGGAGACUUGACAUUGAACAGGAGAGAGCGUAUCGAAAUGCUGCUGCAACCUCCAAGCGGUAGGACAGAUUGUCAAGCAUCACCCGCAUUGAGCAAGUUCUGUCAUAACAUCAUUCUUGGCCAUUCUGCUCUUGCUAUAUGUGCAAAAAUUGCACUCGGAAAGGGGG